AUGGCCCAUAACUUCUUGCUGUCUUCACCUUCAAGGUUGGAUCCACAACUAUUUGUACCUAAGGACCAAGAUGUGGGUCUGACAAACGCUUCCAAUAACCCUCCGUUGGGUAAAUUCAUGCCUAGUGCCACUGGUACGCCAUUUCCAGGCUGGACACCGGUCAUGUCUAAGACAAUCGACCAAUACCCCAAUUUGAACAUCACCCCCAAUAGAUUUGGCAAUAGUGUAGGAAUGAAUUUGACCACAACGAUUGGUAACACACCUGCGGCCCCUGGAGGGUUGAAUCAGGUGGCUGCUGCUGCGGCAACAGGGACAUCUGCCAGUACCCAUUUCCUCGGGUCAAUGGGGGGACAAUAUCAGAAUCCUGGAGAAAUGGUGGAUUUAUCAUUGACUCCAUUUCUUAACCAAUAUAAUCAACAACAACUUCAAUUACAAUUGCAAUAUUCAAAUUCAGUGAGUCAUGCGGGUUCUUUAGGUGUAACACCUUUCCAAGAUAAAUCGUACCAGUUAGUUGACUUUUUCAUGGAUUCUCCUAUUGCUGAUCAAAAUGGAUCACAUUCAGGUCCAAACGGAUCACAGGUAAUUAUUUCAACUCCUUUCAGAGACCAAUCGGAAAGCAUUACUCCUUCUAAAUUUAGAAUUGGUACAAACCUGAUCCCCAAUUCAGUUGCCAAAUUGCUUGACUUUUCCAAUUCUAAGAAGAGUCGAGCUCCUAUGGUAGAAUUAUCCCGUAGUAAGGCUAAUUCUAAGGAAGUCAUGAAUAAGCAAAAAAGAUCCAUUUCUCAGGUUGACACACCUCCAAGACAAGCUCACAAAUUGCUUAGCAACUUGAAGGAAGGUGAAAACAAAGAGAACAUUCUUCCAAUAAAGGACAAGUCCACACUUAAAGAUAAAGAUCACGGUAACGAUGAAAAUGAUGACGAAGAUCACAAUGAUGAAGAUAAUAAUGAUGAUGCUGAUGAUGCUGAUGAUGAUGCUGAUGAUGCUGAUGAUGCUGAUGAUGAUGAUGAUGAUAAAGACAAUGUUGAUGAUGAAGACGAUGAUUACGAGAAGAACAAUUCAUUCCUUCAAACACCAAGUAAGAAGUAUAUUCCCAAGAGUCGAGUUGCAAGAACUCCCAAGAAUUCAACGGGGGUCACAGUUGUAAUGGCAGGUAAUGCUCAUAAUCUGGCAAUCAAUAAUUUCCAAACACCCAAAGGGAAAACUACUAUACCACUUUCAUCACCUUCCACAAUUGUUGUUAAUUCAAGUGCCAAAACAUCACCAACUGGUUUCUCUUCUACUCCCUUGCAAAAGGCUAAGUCUACCACUUCCACUACCAAUUUGAACGUUUCUGCUUCACCUGGAAAUCGUCGACAGUCCCCAACAAGAAUAAAGAUUGAAGAUGACAUUGGCAUUCCUAUGAUGGGAGUAUUCCAAGAAAGCAAGAAGAAGGCUCCCAUAAACAAUAAUAAACAAAAACGUAAAGGUGGAGUUAACAAGUUUCAAAUCAUUUUCACUGAUGUUCAUACAUUAAUGAAUUCCAAGAACCCUCCACAUAUUGGGACUACUAAUAAUAUUAACAAUAAUAGCAAGAAGAGUUCCAAUUCUAAUACAUCAAAUUCAUCAAUGAAUCCCAAUGGAUAUAGAACAUCAUUAUCACCAUCUGGGAAGAAGAAUGAAAAGAAAAAGACCAAAAAAUCAUUAAAUCAAGGAACAUUUCCUCAUCAAGGAUCACUGAUGAUGAUGCAAUCUCAGAAUCCAGGAUACUUAUCACAUUUAUCACCUUCAAUGUCUCAUGCCAUACUUCAUCCCAACAGUAAUAAUCUGAUGGUCCAAAAUGCCGACCAAUCAAUUAAUACUUCCAAAGAGAUUAGUAUUCUUUCCAAUGCCAAUACUUCUAACCUUAAUAUAACUGACCAUACGUCGUUUGAUAUGAAUAGUUUGGUUUCUUCUAUUGGAUAUCAUUCCAAUUCUGUUCAACCACUGGGAAAUUUCCUUACUGCAUCACCCAAUACACUGAAGUAUAUUCAACAACAACUGCAGCAGCAACAGCAGCAACAGCAGCAACAUCAACAAUUUAUGUACCAACAGCAUUUACCAUUACAUCACUCUACUAUGGAACAGGCAGUCAUGCCACCACCCAAGAAUGCUCAUCACCAAACUUCACACCCUCAACUACAGCAGGGAAUGCAUACGUUGGAAACAACCAAUAUGAAUGGCAGUAUGAUCAUGAGCACACCUCAGCAUUCCCAUAUUAUGAAUUAUCCCAAUUACUCCCCCCAGAAAUGGGACUGA